AGGUCCCUGUUUGCACAUCACUCUUCUCAGUCCUCACGCAUCGUAUCAGAGAAAAUGAGCUCCCAAAUCUGCAGAUCUGCUUCUAGAGCAGCCAGGUCUCUUCUUUCUUCAGCCAAGAAUGCUCGUUUCUUCUCCGAAGGCCGAGCCAUUGGUGCAGCAAGUGUGGUGCAUGCGACUGGAAAAGUCCCUCAGUAUGCAUCCAACUUUGGAAAAUCGGGUUCUGGCUUCGUCUCUAAUAGCUGGAUCACCGGACUCCUUGCUCUUCCUGCUGCAGCCUUCAUGCUCCAAGAUCAGGAAGCACUUGCUGCAGAGAUGGAACGCACUUUCAUCGCUAUCAAACCUGAUGGAGUGCAGCGAGGACUGAUAUCAGAAAUCAUUACACGGUUCGAACGCAAAGGAUACAAGCUUGUUGGCAUUAAAGUCAUGGUUCCUUCAAAGGGUUUCGCGCAGAAGCAUUACCAUGAUCUAAAGGAGAGACCUUUCUUCAACGGCUUGUGUAACUUCCUUAGCUCAGGCCCUGUUGUUGCCAUGGUAUGGGAAGGUGAAGGAGUGAUUAGAUACGGACGUAAACUGAUUGGAGCCACUGAUCCUCAGAAAUCAGAACCUGGAACUAUCCGAGGCGAUCUCGCUGUUGUUGUUGGAAGGAACAUUAUACAUGGAAGCGAUGGACCAGAGACAGCUAAAGACGAGAUCAGCUUGUGGUUUAAGCCUGAAGAACUCGUUUCUUACACUAGUAACGCUGAGAAGUGGAUCUACGGCCAGAACUGAACUAUUCCCUCUUUCUCCCUUAUUUUCAACCGUUAGAUCAGACAUAAAUAAUUACUUCUUUUGUUUUUUCUUUUACCCAAACACUGAAAACGUACCGGGAAUAACAAAUUUACUGCAUUUGUUAUCAAGUUUGUUCUAAUAGACCCAAUGAAAUUAGGCCACGUGUGCGAUCAUGUAACCGGUUUACCGUAAUGUGGACUUGAAAUCCGA